AUGAUGAUUCGAUCCUUUCAUUCAAUUUCGUUUCAUCAAAGUUCAUACACCCCUUCUCAGAACAGACUUCGUAGGAACAGCUGUCAUUGUUCCCAUUGUUCCAGUUCAAAUAUCAAACAAAUAACAUUGCCCAACCAAUUAUAUGAAAUACAUAUGCACAGAAAAAUAAGGCUCGCCAAUUUACUUUUAAAUACUCUUAAACCCACCGAUAAAUAUAUUAGAUCUAAGCAAAAAUACAAGAAUAUCCAUAUAUACUCUCGUAAUCAUUAACAAUUACAUUCUCCCAUCAAUCAUCCUUCACCACAACAAACAUCAACUCCUCGUUCACAAGAUGAAAUCAAAGAUUAUCCUUAAAACAAGAAGAUACCCUCCAUGUUUUCGCAAUAUUAACAUCCAAAAAAAUCGAAUACCUACUUUUUAAACUUACUUAAAACACAAUUGACACGAAUAGAUAAAAACAUAAAUUAAUUAAUUCAAACUAGUAGAUAAUAAAUCACUGAACCAGAUGAUCUAAACAUUACUUCAAAAAGAACCAAAUAAACUAUUAUCAAAACUAUGAAAAAUCAUCCUCCAUACAAAUCUGAAUAUAGUAUCGCCCUAAAUAAACGUAUUCUUCCUCAAAAAAAAAAGCUUAUUGCACCUAGCAAUCUUUUAGCAAGAACUUAGUUACGCUUAUCUAAAUUUGCUGUGCAUUGUAUUAAUUGA